UGAAAAAUAAAAAAAAACGAAUUCUGAUUGAUUGAUUGAUUGAUUUCUGAGAUAGACAAUCGAUUGCUUCUACUUUGAUGGCCUUAAAUGAUCGUGCCGUAGUGUUAGCCUGUAGUGUUUCAUUAUUGGCCAUAACAUUAGCAACAAUUUAUUAUUGGCAAUCUUCAUCAUUAUCAACAAAAAAGAAUCGAAAAAAUUCAAAAUCAUCAUUAAGAAAAAAAUCAAAUCAAUCUGUUGUUGUUGUUGAUGAAGAAAACGAACAAUCAAAUUGUAUCAUAUCUGAUAAUAAUUACCAAACAACAAAACAAGACCAACACAAUCAAUCGGAAAAUAUUGUUGAAUUGAAACAAAGUUUUCCAUUUGUUUCAUUAAAUCAAAUAGAUAUUAAUCAUUUGGAUGAUAAGAUUCCAUGUUCAUCAACAAAAUCAGUUGAUAUAGGCCAUUUGCUUGAUAGUGAUUGUAAAGAUCAAAUUCAACAACAACAACCAGAAGCAAACGAUAAAAUUUCGAUAAGAGUUGACUCAUUCGAAAUCAACGACGACGACGAAGAAGAAGAAGAAGAUUCAAAUUUGAAAAUCAACGAUAAUAGUGAUAGUAGUAUAAGUUUUUCCUUUACUAGUAUCGACGAAGACGAAUAUAUAGAAAAGAAAAUGCAUCUAAAAAAUUAUUCAUUCAAUACUAAUAAUCAUACGAAUGAUCAUGAUAUUGAUAUUAAAAUCGAUCAUCCAAAUUCAUCGAAUUUAGCAUUCAAAAAUUGUUCACCCAAAUUGUCAUCAUCAUCAUCUUCAUCACCCGAUAAAGAUAAAGAAAUUAUUGUGAUUGAUGAUGAUACCGGUGUAUCGGAAAUAAUCGAUGAAAUUGAUGAUAAAUGUCUCAAGUAG